UCCAAAACGAUGCACUGUGUGUCACAUCUCUAAAACAUCUGAAUUACAUCGGGAACCAGCUGCUCUCACUGCAGUCGACUACAAGUCAACUAUGCCGAGUGUAACAGCUGAACAAAGUCUUGCUAACAUAUCCACGAGUAUCCAUGGCGAUGGAAAUGACACCCACAAGGAGUCAUACCUAAAUAAACUAGCGCAUCUCGAUGAAGCUCUUUACAAUGAUUACUACAGUCUGUGGCUAGCCUUGAUGAUAAUUAAUGUCCUCAUAUUUGUGGUUGGCAUUGUCCUCAACAGCGUUGCAUUGUAUGUUUUCUGCUUUCGCAUCAAGACUAAAACCACAUCUGUCAUCUACACUGUAAACCUGGUAAUCACGGAUUUGAUGGUUGGUUUCUCCUUAUUGACCAGGAUAAUAAUGUAUUGCAGUGGUGGCAAAUGCCUGACAUGCUCAUUUGUGCUCAUAUUCAACUACUUUGUGAACAUGUACUGCAGCAUUCUGUUCCUGACCUGUAUCUGUGUUGACAGAUACCUUGCCAUCGUUCAGGUUGAAGCAUCACGCAAGUGGAGGAACCCCCACUAUGCCAAAGGGAUUUGUGUCUUUAUCUGGCUCUUUGCCAUCAUUGUCACCUAUUCUAUACUCAGCACAGCAAUCAAGUAUGCUGCGUGCUGCCUGUCCAAGUUCUUCGCUCUGACUGUGUUUGAGUACUUUCUGCCUCUCUUGAUCAUCACGGGCUUCACCAUAAGGAUCAUGUGUGCCCUUGCCAAGUCAAACCUAAUGCAGCAGAGCAGAGAAAGGCGCAUGAGAGCUGUCCAACUUCUAGUCACAGUCCUGGUUAUUUUCAUGAUCUGUUUCACACCCUUUCAUGUCUGGCAGGUUGUGAUCUACAUCAAGCCUGAUAUCCCGCAGCACAUCAUCCUAAUUGUGUACCAUGUCACAGUGACCCUGAGUAGCCUCAACAGUUGUCUGGACCCAAUUGUCUACUGCUUUGUCACUAACAAUUUCCAGUCCACUAUGAGGAACAUCUUCGUCAAGACUGUGCCUGAACAGGCCAGUGGGGAUGUCAUCAGCAUGCCAAAGAGCUCUAAAGCAUCAAUGGUAAAGGCAUCGUAUGAACGUACAAUGACGAAUGGCCCAGCAUUGGACAGCGAACAAUGAGCAGAACACAAAACUAUGCCGUUCAAAUAUGAAGAUGCAGACUUUAAUACGUCAUGAUUUUUCUUACUUUCCCCUUUUGUUUCAUUUUGUGCCUUGAUGUUCAUAACACAUCAUUUUGUUCGGUUGAGAUGAAAGUUACUCAAGGUCUCCUUUACAAGUGAAGAAUGGCAGACCUGUUUCUUCAGUUUAGGUUAUGUUCCAUUAGUUGUAAGACUGUAUGGUGUUGGCUGACAAAGAAAAGAGAAAUAAAAGUCACAAUGUUUGCUUCAUUGUUUAAUAAUAUGGGACAGAUAUCCUUGGCCCUCCACCAAAUACAAUGGAAAACUCUUCAUUCUCCUUGUAAAAACGUUUUUUUCGAGAGAAAACAGCAGUGUGUAUCUACCUGUCUGUUCUAACUUUCCAUUAUUGCUACUUCACUUAGGGUGAUGCCUGAGAAAUGUUGAAUAUAUUUUGUGAAAUUCUCUAAUUUAUUAACCACAAGCAUACCAACCAUUUUAUAACAUUGUUUUUUUUUUGUUUUUUGUAUUUUUAUUAGAAGCAAUGUACAGUAGUAUAGACCGCGGCAUAUGACAAAAUAUAUUUAAUGUACAUCAUCUAUUUUAAAUUUAACAAGAAAGUAGAACAAGAGAGAAAGAGCGAGAAAGAAAGAAAGUGAAAGAAAUAGUGAUGUGUAAACCCCUAGACUACCAGAUAGUGCAGUCCAGGAGUGAACGAGUAAAAGCCUAUAGAAGAGUAAGAAGACAAAAACAAAAAUAAUAAAGAAAAAGAAAAAAGGGACCCUUACGUGUUGAUAUACCUGCUUCAUUUCUCACCACACCCAUCACCCUGUUCGUGAAUCAGUUUAAUUCCAGAGUUGUGUUGCACCAUACUAUACCUGUAGUGAAUCAAUGAAAGGAGACAAUGUCUUUAAAAAUUGCUCUGAUUUUCCUGCUAAGACAAGUCUCAUAUCUCAUUUUAUAACAUUGUGUAGAUAUAAAAAAGCUAUUGGCAUUGGCAUUGGGCAGAAGGGAUGAAGAUUGAUACAUUCAUACCUCCAUUUUCUUGGUAUCUCCUUCAUCCAGACUAAUGUUUUGGAUGUGUAUAACAAUUAAAGGGUUGUAAUGCCAAAUGGGAAGAAGAUGAAUUGCAUUUAAACCACUUGAAAGUAGAUGCAGGUCAAAUGUAAAGCAGUUCUUCUUCUAUUGAAUGGUGGGGCCAGAAUAUGUAAGCAGCACCUCCACAUUCCUCCAAAGAGAAACGAGAACCAAACUAGGCAAGCAAUCAUCUCUUAGAAAAGAUUAACAGUUGUCAUGGUCUCCUGGACUGAUUUUGAAUGUUCAAGGAUGAUUUAGUGGGGUGUGAUAUGGGGGGAAUCUCUAAAUAUUUCCACACAAUGUCAUAAGCUUGUGCAAAAUCAUAGUUUCUGUUUGCGACUGCACUGGUUCCAGUACCCAAAUUAUACCCUGGUAUUGCAAUAAAACCUUUCCUUACCAAUCACCUGGGUGGUAAAGGAAGUUUGGCUGAGUUUACAAGACAUUAAGAAUUCAGAAUAUGGUUUAGUGAAAAAGCUCUUCUGUAGCUGUUGAUCUGAUUAAUCACACCUCACCUCCAUCCUUGCUGCCCAUCUUGCCAAGAAAGCCAUUAAUCAUUCGCAUCUUGAUUGUACUUUGUUCUAGAUGCAAGAAGAUCAGAACAAGAGAUGCACAGAUUGUAUAGAUGUUGAUCACUACAUGUCGAUAGAUUACAUCAAGCACCUCCCAACCUUCCUCUCCUGUUUCUACUAUUUUAAAUCCAGUCAAAGUCAGAAAAUCUUGUUUACUUCUUUCCACUUCUAUCCAGCACUAUUGCAAUAGAGCUCUCAAAUCUAUGUCCUGUCCCCUAUUCCUCAUCUACACACUAAGUCUGUGAAAGACUGAAUGGGAUAAAAUUAAAGAAGGACAUCAGGGCAGGUUGGCACAUUAAGUUGCAUUGUCAACUUCAAAUACCUAGCUCAGCACUAUCUAUGUCUCAGCCACUCUACAAUAUCUGUGUCGAUGGCAAGAAUAUCCUGGAUCUUAAAUGUGAAUAGGCCUGACUUUCUGCAAUUAAACCUUCAGAACAUUAUUUUCUCCUGCUUCCAAACCUUUUAUCACUGCCCACAAUUCUACCUCUCCUAUCUGUUCACUGUCACAGAUUGAAGCAGGUAUUUUCCCAAGUUAAAUUCUGAAUAUGCUACUAGUUAAGUACUAGUGGUGAAAUUUCAGUAUUUAGCAUUAUUUUCCUCCAGUCUAAGAUCAAUAGAAAUUGACUUGUGUUGUAAUAAAGCUAACUUAACAAAGCAAUGGAUUAAACGAUUGGCAAUUCUCACAGAUGAUCAUGACAUACUCCACCACUAAGAUAGAUCAUUGCUGAUGUCCACCUCAACUCUACUUAGCAGCCUUUCUGAAUAAUCUUUUAUACCCUUACCUAAUAAAAAUGUAUCUCAGUCCUUAAAGCUACAAAUAUCCUGAUAUAUAUAUAUAUAGCCUAUUUUUAGUUAUUUUCAGAUUCCUUAUGUGCUGUCACAUAAUGUUUCCCCUUCUGUUCCUAACUCAAAGAUUAUUAUGUACUUGAGUUGACUAUUAGAGGAGAUAUCAACUGAAACAUUCUUUAAACAUUUUAAACACCUUGAUCAGAUCACUCAUUAAUCUCCUGUAUCUAAGAGAAUGAUACCAAAUUCAUGUAAUUCAUUCUCCUGGUUCAAAUCGCUGCUCCUUUAUCAUUAUGGUGUAACUGUUUUGUACUUCUUCCAAGACCAAUUGACGUUCAAUAACAAAGCUUUUCCAAUUUGCAAACAAUUAGCAUGUUUGGUUUAUCAUUCAACAAAGACAUAACUGAACCAACCACAUAUAAGGUCUGAAGAAGAGUCUCGACGAAAAAUGUUGCCUGUCCAUUCCUUCCCCAGAUGCUGCCUGGCCCGCUGAGCUCCUCUAGCACUUUGGGUUUUGCUCAGCCACAUAAACGUUUAGGCUACAAGAGUGGGUAACAAAGAGAGUACCGGCAUGAAAUGAUUCAAUCCUUUGCCUCCUAAAGCCUUUCCAUCUUCUUCCACCAACAUCUGGGAGAAUGACAGAAUACACCCUACUUAGGAAGAUUGGUACCAUCCAGGACAAACCCGUUCACUUAUUGGUACCGUGCCACCACCAUGAACAUUGAUGUUCCUCUCCAUUAG